AUGGCGAAGAGUUCGUCCAGAAAGUCUCUGAAAAGUUUGUUCUCCAGGAGCGAGGCGAACCUGCGCGACUCGGAGGCGAGGGAUGUGGACAAAAGUGAAGGAGAGAAGAAGAGGUUUCGCUUCUUUAGGUUCAAGAGAAAGUCCAACAGUGGCUCAGUCUCCGUGAAGCCGGGUGAGACCCAGCAGGUAUUUCUCAGUCCUGUUGUUUCUGGCAAAGAGGAUGGAAAGGACUGGGCUGAAAACAACCUCUCGGACAAAAAGAAGACUUCUCUCUACGCCACCGCACCCAGAUCCAAGGGUAAAGAACUCAGCUACUCAGAACUGGACCUCCGCAAGCCCAACAAGUUUGCAACCUUUUCUCUUGGUCUCAAGAAAAGGAAGAAGAAAGAUGAAGAGAGUUUGUCUAAGAGUGCUUUUGGCCUUCAUAGCACCGGGAUUGAAGAGCAAGAGGAGUCUCCUCCGGACCUCCGUCAGAUGGAGUUGGAUAAGGCCGUCAAAAAGACAAUCAGUAUGUCUCAACCUGAGCUUGACACCAGCGAUACAUUUGACAUCCCCUCUCCUCCCCCUCUGGCCCCAAACCAAUCAGAUUCAUACUUCGAUCUACCUGAACCAUCAAAGUCAUCUGUCGCUAUAAACACCCAACCAGAGGCAAAGACACCUCUAACAAAUGGUUCCAAUUUUCUUGAUAUACAUACAGAGCCCCUUAGAGCGCCGAUUGCGACCAUUCCUGAGCUGCAGCUGGAUAGAGCAGACUUAUCAGAUGAGAAGGAGAAUAUUCCUGUUCGAGAUAACUUGGCUAAAAGUUCACCUGCCCUCUUAUCUCGGGCAGAAACCACCUCUGCUAUUGAUAAGCAGACUCUACCAACCCUCCAAGCCAACGGGCCUCCAAUGGGGCUCGACACUGCAGAACUCAAGGCAGCAGUUGUUGACUUAGUCUCUCCGACUAAUAGCUUGAGUGGCAAUGACUCCCUUCUGAACACAAAAUCAGAACCUGCGGAAUCCACCAGAGUUACGUUACCAAAUCGUCAACCGGCUGCAGAGGACCGUACAACUCUAAAUGCUACGCCCUCCCUGGCGGCUGUUAACUCCAACGUUGAUGCCUCUGCUUCAGAGAAAACUCCCAACCCGGUCACCGCAGAUUUGAUCAAUCAAAAUAAAGUUUAUGGAGAUUUGUACGAGUCCCUCUUCCCCCAGAAGUUUACCUCUGAGGUAAUGUCAUCCCUCUUAAACCCUCCACCUCAAAUCCGGACGGAGAUACGACAUCUCAACACUGAAUCCCAACCCGCCGCGGUUAAGUCCUUCGAUGAAUGUCGCACAGAAAGAAGCGCCUUGUACUCCAGCCUGUCAACUUCAUACUCUGCUACUCGCAGCAAGGACUAUAUUGAGAGAGAGGUGAUGCCUUCCAGCAAGAAUUACAAGUUAACUUCUUACCAAAUAUCCACUACUUCUGAGAUUCAAAGAGACCCAGAUAUCCACUACAGAUAUCUAACUUCCUCUCUGAGCUCCAAACCAGCCGACAGCUAUACAGCCCCUUACUCCGAGCUUACGCGCUCCCUUUCAGAGGUGAAACCAGACAGUGCUGGCCUCAUUCAAGACCCUGUCACACCAGCCCUUGUGAUACAAAGCUCUGCCCCUCCCGCUUCGGACUAUGUAACAUCCCAGGGGACCGAUACUCAGGUUACAGACCCCAAACGGAGAGUGAUCCUGGUCAAAGAGUUAGUCACAGAUGAGGUGAGCUCUGUGCCUGGCUUUGCCUCUCUUGGGCCCGAAGCAAAAAUGGAUUCAGCCAAGGAUCUCGAGUUGAAAAUCGAGACGGCGACGACCGUUUCUGCCGCGCCCCCCGGACAUACGAGUGGGCAUGAAGGGCUGCAGAGUCCAACAUGUCUGAGCGUGGGUUCAGACGUCAGCAGUGCCGUAGACAUCUACUACAGCGCCGAAGAGGACAACAUACAGGACAGCGGGGAUGAAGAGGUGUUCCCAAUAGGUAAAAAAGAAGAAGUUUGCUUGGUUGACAGGAUGAAAGAGGUCGUCGGACUGCGAGGAGAGUAUCCGCAGAAAAGGGAGAUGGCCGAAACAAAUAUAAGCAAGAAGGAUGUGGGAGGAGUCAGGGUGGAAAUUGUGAGAAUGCAGAAUGAGGGAACAAAUGAAGAAAAAAAAGAGGAUAUCCAAAGCCAAACUGAGGUGUAUCAACAGAGUUCAGAUACCUGGACGUCUGGGUUUCUGAAAGACAAUAAUGCAAAGACAUAUGAGAAAGAAGUCACAACUACAGUGCAUCCAAAGGUAGCAGAAGAGGUGAAAGAGGCCGUUGGGCGAGGUGAGGAGUUUUCAAAGCAGGGGGAGAUUUCAGAAAGACACAAAAGCCAGACAGACGAGGGGGGCGGAGGGUGGUGAUUGUGAAAA